AACCUCACGCGGAAGUCGACACUGGUAUUUGGGCUUGUGUGUUCUCGCGGUAACGCUUAGCUUCGUACACCAUUAGCUUCCCUUAGCUAACGCUGUCGUUUUUCGGCUUUGCGCGUCGACCUGGCCAACGCAAACCGGGAGAGACACGCCGAAGGCCCAUCGGCUGUUAUUCCUACUUUUGUCACCUGGCCGCCGAAGGGAGCGGGACCAUGCCGCACAACUUCCAGCCCGGAGACCUGGUCUUCGCUAAAAUGAAGGGCUACCCCCAUUGGCCAGCCAGGAUUGAAGACGUGGCUGAUGGUGCAGUGAAGCCCCCACCAAAUAAAAUUCCAAUUUUUUUCUUUGGUACUCAUGAAACGGCAUUUCUGGCAGCCAAGGACCUUUUUGCCUAUGAAAAGUACAGCGAUCGCUAUGGAAAGUCCAACAAAAGGAAAGGCUUCAAUGAAGGCUUAUGGGAGAUCCAGAACAAUCCACAUGCCUCCUACAGUGCUCCACCUGUGCCCGCCAGCUCAUCCGACAGCGAGGGCAACAAUGCUGGCGGAGGAAGCGACGAAGACGAGGACGAAGAUGAAGAAGCUCCCGUGCCCAGGAAGGCGGAGUCGGCAAGCGAGGCGGAUUCUGAUUCCGCCAGUCAAGAUAGAGGAAGGGGACGAGGAGGAGGAGGGGGGAAGAGGAAGCCGCCGGCAUCUAAACGUCCGCCUCCCCCAAAAAAGACUCGACGCUCAUCCAGCGACAGAGACGAAGAAAGCGGAUCCCUGUCAGAGUCAGAAGCCACCCCUUCGGAGUCGGAGUCUGGCAAGAACAGUGACCAGGAUUUUACUCCGGAGAAGAAACCAGUUGGACGAGGUGGAAAGAAAGCAGCAACAGCAGGCAGAGGGAAAAAAAAAAAAGAUUCAUCCAACUCAGAUUCAGACUCAGAAUCGAGAUCUGAGAAGAAAGCGGCAGACAGUGACUCGGAGGAUGAAAAGCCCCGACCGGCUGUGUCCGGUUCCGAGUCUCAAUCCGGCUCUAAGUCUGACUCGGAAUCCGAUCCUCCUCCACGGAAGGCUCCGCCAGCACGCAAAAAAGCUGCGGAGAAACCAGCACCAAAGCCUCGUGCACGGAAACCCAAAGCUCCGCCUCCGAAGCGGGCAGCAUCAUCGUCAUCAGACAGCGACAGCGACAGCGAGCCGGACCGUAUCAGCGAAUGGAAGAAACGAGACGAGGAGCGACGGAGAGAACUGGAGGAGCGGCGGAAAAGGGAGGAGGCGGAGGAGCUUCGCCGGUUACGGGAGCGCGAAAAGGAGGAGGAGGAGAAGCGGAAAAGAGAGAAGGAGAUGAAAAAGGACAGCGAGAGCAGCAGCUCGGAUGAAGGCGUAGACGAUCACCCGCUGAAGAGGUCCAAGAAACCCCCUCCGCCCCCAAUUCCGGCGCCAUCUGACUCCGACUCUCCGCCACCCGCAGAGGCGAAGAAACCAGCCAAAAAGUCGGACAACCAAAACAAAGGCCGACUAAAGAAGGCAAAGGAGAGAAAGGAGAAAGAGCUCAAAGAGAAGAAAGCCAAACGGUCUGAGGAGAAGUCCAGAGCCAGGUUCAAGCCCGAAAAAUCGAAACACAAACCAGAGAGGCCUCCACAGAAGAAAGUAGAAAAGAAAAAGGAACCGUCACCGGAGGAAAAACUUCAGAAACUCCACACAGACAUCAAGUUUGCCCUCAAAGUCGACAACCCUGACAUCGAGCGGUGUCUACAAGCCCUGGAAGAGCUGGAAGGUGUGCCCGUCACCAGCCAGAUCCUCCACAAGAACGCCGACGUCAUUGCCACGCUGAAAAAGAUUCGGCGGUAUAAAGCCAGCUCUGCCGUCAUGGAGAAGGCCAGUGAGGUGUACAAUAAGUUAAAACUUCGCUUUGUCGGCAAAGCAGAAACGGCAGCUAAACCCAAAGCAGAGAAGGAAGGAGAGGACAAUGCGAAGGAGACACAAGACAUAGACACCACUGCUGUGAACGGAGAGUCGCGAGAGAAAAAAGACGAAGACGGAGAGGAAAAAACUGCCGAAGCUGACAGCAACGACCACGCCGAUUCAAGUCCAAUCAGGCGGAGCCCGGAUAGCCCGCAGCAGACUGACGAAUACACCCAAGCAAACAACAACAACAACAACAACAUUUCUGCAGAGAUGGAAGCAUCCCCUGCUGAAAGUUAAACAAAAGAUGCCCUCCAAACAACUACAGCAGUGGACCAAGCGCAAAAGAUGGAAGACAACACUGAGACACAAUCGACAUCGCUCGCUCUACGUCGGUGUCCUUGCUGCGGACAUUUUCAACUUUUCACACUCUCAGUAGAUUAUUUUGUAUUUUAUUUUUUGUCCAUUUUGUCAGUGCAGAAAGGAAAUCUUAAUAAUGUGAUAGUUUAUGCUGCACGUGUCACAUCUUUAAGUUGCAAAAAUGUCUUCUUCUUUCAUGACUUUUUUUUUUUUUUUAUAAAGCUGCUUGUCAUACCGUACACAUAUAGGUUUAAUACGUGCACUUGUGAACUCAAUUUGGGCUGACAAAGGUAUGCUUUAUGAAUUUUGAAACUUGAUGAAUUUUUCACCUAGAUGCCCGGAUGUCUGUCGGCUUCCUUCCGUAUUUUUUUGUGUUUGUUUUUAAUAAUAUAUAAAUGCUACAAAAACAUCACAAAGAGCACCCGUUGUUUGUAUUUGACAUUUUGAGAGUGGUGAACUUGUCUUUAAGUUUGUGUUUUUUUUUUUUUUUAAUGUGUAAGGCAAUGAGUUAACAGGUCCAUUGACUUUUUAUAGCUUUGUUUUCACAUAUUUGCAAAAACAAAAAAAAAAAGGGUCUUACACACACGCAUUGUUCCGCUGUAAUGUUUGCUUCUGAUAAAUUUGCGUGUUGAUGUAAUAAUUGCGCUCCAAAAAGUGUGGAGAUCUCAUGUAGCUGCAGACUUCAAUGAAAUCCCUCAAGAAUAAACAGUACAAACGGCAGGUGGU